CCACACCUCUACCCCAAACGCCGCUUUCAAUUCCAACGCCUCCAAACAACUCACGGUCUCUCUCUGCUCUACUCCACUAAACAAAAUCUCCCAAGAAUCACCAUGAACCACCUUCCGCAAGCGUGGGGUCGUCCCAGAGACGAUGUUUACGGCGCCUACGACCACUCCCACUUCCAGGCUAAUGGCCCCAACCAGCACACGCAGAGCCCCGUCGUGACCGGUACCUCAGUACUAGCGGCGAAGUUCAAGGAUGGCGUGGUCAUUGCAGCAGACAACCUGGCCUCGUAUGGCUCUCUUGCCCGUUUCACCGACGUCAAGCGCCUGCGGAAGUUCAACGACGAGGUGGUCGUGGGCUUCGGCGGCGACGUCUCAGACAUGCAGUACCUCGACCGUCUGCUCAACUCCCUCGAUAUCCGCGAGAACUACUCGUCCUCCGACGUCUCCCUCAACGCAAAGAACCUCCACACAUACCUCGCCAAAGUCAUGUACAGCCGCCGAUCCAAGUUCGACCCGCUGUGGAACCACCUUCUCAUCGCUGGUAUGGAUGGUGAGGGGAAGCCUUUCCUGGCAAGUGCAGAUCUCCUCGGUACCACCUUCUCCUCGCCAUCGAUUGCUACGGGCUUCGGAGCACAUCUUGCACAGCCCAUUAUGCGGACAAUAUUGCCAGACGAGGCGUCAGUGCAGAACGUCACGAAGGAGCAGGCGGUAGAGAAAGUCAAGGAGUGCAUGAAGGUUCUCUUCUACAGGGACGCCAGGAGUAUGGACCAGUACUCGAUCGCGGUCAUUACGAAGGAGGGCGUUGAGUUGAACGAGAAUGUGAAACUGGAGAACCAGAGCUGGGCCUUUGCAGAGAGGAUUAGAGGAUACGGCACGCAGACUGCGUAAAGUUCGGACAAUAUGGAAGAGAAAUGACGAACAGAUCAAGUUGACUGGCAUCUUGAAAGUCAAAGAACUGAACGAUAGCUAUGAAUGAACGUACCACUUGACGGUAUGAUGACCUAACUCCUUAUCGAGGCCAGUACACAGUACUCGAAUCUAGAGAUGUGACUUCUCUUCUACCCAGUUGUCUCACGUGUUCGUCGCUCCACACAAUUUGCCAUAUUUCAUAGAACGCGUGAUACGAAUCUACAUUCGUGUUCGAUUGGAGAUAAUGAGAGGCAGAACGCGUUCUGGCAAGUCUUAGACGUCCAUCUCCGAGCAGCAAAACGCCAUCGAAAGCAGCCACCCCCACCACCACGAAAAGCACAGGGACUGAACUUGCAACACAACGAAUGAACGAACGAAAAGUCCUCCACCCAAGGGACCAAUAUAUUCCGCCCACCCCCCACGAACCCCUACCACAUAAUCCC